AUUCCAUUCGCGUACGCGUCCGCCGCACACACGGUCAGUUGUCGACGACACUCCGAGGCUCUCCCGGUAACUCAAUCGACGACGACGAGAACCGCGACACCCGUGUCAGUUAAUGUGGUGGUGUUUUUUUAUUAUUUUUUUUUCCCGCGCGAUACAUAAUAUUAUUAUGCAAUUAUCUUCGGAUAUAAUAUUAUUUUGUAUACGACCGCGGCCGUAUUCCGUACGCACGUCCCAGCUGUAACAGUCGCCCGCCCGUCGAAAGUGUCCGGUUUAAACAAAUUUUGAUAUUAUUUUCCCGCGUACCUACUUACCGACCGCGAACGUUCUGUUGGUAUAAUAUCAUUAUUUUUUUUUUUUUUUACUUCGGCUACGUUCUUCCCGUCCGGUUUUAACCGCGGUCGCGCUGUGCGAUAAUAUUAAAAUACAAAUCAUAUUAUACUUGCUGCGGUCUACUUGCGGGUAGAAACGACAAUCAAAUUAAAUAAUAUGAGAAUGAGCGACAUGACCGUGUGCCCCGUGGCCGGACGACAGUCGUUUUUCGACUCGUUUUCCACAGUCACCAAAGCCAUCGAACAGAUCGAAAAACUGUUGUCCAGCAAAGUGAGUUGUGCACCUGCCUCGUACUAAUAAUAUUAUAAUUAGAUACCUCCUACCUGUAAAUAAUAUAUGCGUAUUGUAAUUGCGUCUCGUUUUACGAUUACUGUCGUUGUUAUUGUCGCGCGCAAAUAGAAUCGAUACUAUAAUAUUCUAAAUGCGUAUUGUGUGGACGACCGACUUGCCCGAUAUUGUUGACAAUAUUGUUUUGCGUCCCGCGCGUCCCCUUCUCCGGUUUCCCAUCACCGACGGCGACGGGUUUUGCCGGUCGCGUAGGCUUUUGAACGCUCGUCGUUUCGCCCGUGUUCAAACCGUUCGCGCGCGCCUCACACGACAUGCUGUCGACCACGGGCAACGUUCAGCAGGUAUGUAAAAUCAAAUAACGGAAAAUCGUUUUUCGGUGGAAUCCGCUGAAUCGAAACGUCCCCCACCCUCGAAUUAUCAACUCAACCCCCUCCCCCUCCCCCAUCCCUCCCGUUAAUCCGGCCCGUUGUACUCGUGCGGGAACUCGCGUAGGGUUCUGCGCGUUUCGACGUCAAUUCCAUUCCGAUAUUACGUUUUGUUCGGUAUUAUUACAAUCGCCGUUCGAACGAGGAAAUUUACGACUGCCCGGGCACCGUCGGGUCGUGCGAUAAUUAAAUUUUCGAAUCCGACAAUAUUGUAGGUUCAGCGGACAUAAUAUACCGGCCGCCGCCGGUAGGAAAAAAAAAACAUAAAAAAUAAAAAUCCGUUUCGCGGUCGGCAAAUUUCCGGACCCGAUUUCGUAUUUUGCCGUAAAAAACGCGACGCCUCCGCGUGACGUGUAGACUUUGUAAAAAGCCGGGGGGGAGAGGGAAAAUACACUAAAAAGACCAGGGGGUUUUUUUUUCCUUAAGAUUAUAAUAUUGUUACAUAUUAAUAUUAUUAAAUAUAGCCUUGGUUGUUGCAUAAUGUACACUAUAAUACGCGUUAAUCCGACGGUCGUUCGGCGUUUAUUUUAUCGUAUAUUCGCUCGGUAUUUUUUUUAUUUAUUUAUUUUUUUGUUCAAACAACCUACCUGUUUGUUCUAAAAAAAAAAAUAAAAAAAAAAAAAUGAAAAUACGAUUUAUUUAUAAACCAGAAAUUCGCGUACCGCCGAUAUCAGCGGCAGUUCUACAUUUCCCGCGUUCCCGUUUCGAUGUUUUCUCGGCGAAAUCCGCCGUUUAGAAGCGCGUUUUUUUUUCGUUAUUAUUAUCUGUAGUUUUCAAAACUGGUUAAACAAAACGGAAUAAAUAUUUUCUAAACCCGUUUAUCUAUGGGUGUACUAUGGUAUUAUGCGCGGCGGGUUGUUGGGUCUGAAAAAAAAUCUCGUAACGCCGCCGUAUCCGCUAUCCGUCUCGUUAUCACCGCGGCGCGUGUGUUGUUAUUAUUAUUAUCACUAUUACUAUUUUCGCUUCUUCUCGGCGUCGGCGCCAUGAAUAAUAACAAUGAUAUUUGCGCCGUGAAAUCGAAAAAUUACCAGCACGAGGUCUCGGCACUACAAUAAUAGCGUUUAAAUGCCCAUAAUAACGAAUAAAUUUCAAAGUACAUAAUGUUUCAUUACAGGCACCUACCAUUGUAAUAUUGAAAUAUUUCGUAUUCCGAUCGAAGUCCGGCGUUCGAAAACGCGUCCGGCUCAAUAUUGUUAUUAUUGCGGUGUCAUAGGUUUUCACCCGGUCCGUCGUUCGCACGAGACGAUAAUUAAAAAUCGUGCCUAAAUUAUUAUCGAAUUGAAAUAAUUACGCUCCGAAUAAUUAUGAGAUGCGCUGACCUAUCGGUCAUUCGUCGCGUUUACGACAGUUUUUUUUUUUUUUAAUAUAUAUAACGAUUUCCUCGUGGUCUUUUCCCGCGCAAAUCUUUCCGGAAUAGUCGGGGAAAUUCAUUCAACAGUCGAGAAACGAGCAUUUUCAUUGUCGUGUUCCUACAAUAGUAUUUCACGCCAGUUUUAAUACUAUAAAUACUAUAACUGUCUAAAGCAUGUCCGUGUAUAUCGGCCCGUUCAUUUAUUUAGUAGCUAUUGAUAAAAUCUAUUUUGAAAAAAACGAAUGUAACAAAACAUAAUAUUUUUAAAGCGUAUUAUUUGUGUAUUCAGACAAAUAUUUCGGAUCUAUUGCUCGGACAGAAGAAGAAACGCGAGUCUUUAAUCGGCGAUGCAUUUUUGUAAUCCAAUUUGCGUGUGAGGCAAUAUUGCAUGGAUAUUUACAAGUGCCUAACCAAUAUUGAUUCCUAAAUCUGAAUUAAAUAAUACCGAAAAACCCAAUAUUGCCCAAUACGGGCCAUAAGAAAAUUUACAAGUCUACACAGUUUGUGUUAGACCGAUAGGGGUUACCAUAACAUUUUGAAUUUUCAAACUCUUAUUUAUCGGGAGUCUAUAAUAAAUUUUGUAGUUCGGGCGAUUCGCUUUUUAUUUUUUUUUUUUUUUUCAAAUAAUGUAUUAAUUUACUAGGCCCGACGGAAAUUCGCAAUUCGUGUACCUAUACUAAAAGUUCUGAAACUACCCCGGACAGUAAUCAGGGGCGAUCCUAGGGUUUACUCUUAAGGGGGGUUCGGAGUGAAUUUUGCCGAUUUCCGAGAACAAAAUUUGAUGACUGACGACUGGUAGGGUUAGGGUUAUACCAUAAUAUCUGCCAGCUGUUAUCAGCUAUUACAGGUUUAGUUGAUUUACAACAAUUGUUGGUUCAAGAAAAAACUUAUAAAUAAAAAUAUUAAAAUUGUAUGUAUUAUAAGUCUUGUGAAUAACUAUAAUAUGCUGAUUGGAAAUUACAGUUGAUUUUAAGGAGGUGUCGCCCCCCUCUAGAAUCACCCCUGACAAUAGUGGGCACCUAGCAUCUGUCAAUCGAAUAUCAAUCGUUUGUAAAAUGCGUUUAUAAAAAAAACUCGGCGAUUGCUGUUCUCAGGCGGUCGCCAACGUUGUUAUUAAUUUUUUCCUCAGUCGCAACGGUUAAUAAACUGGUACAAUACGUCGUUUUCGAUAUUGCAACGCUUAUGUGGGUGUCCCUCUGGCCCGGCGGUCCCUAACCUUUUCGACACUACGGACCACUUACAGAGAACUUACGAUAGGACCGCCACUGCUUACUGAUAUUUAGAAACAAUCGGGAAUUCAACCAAUUAAUAAUUCGAUAUUUAAUCGCGUUUUUCGAUUUCAAUCACCGGGUGUAGUUUUUUUUUUCUCUCCAAUAGUUAUUGGUCUGAUUAUUCUAGUAGCCCGCCACUGUCAACCUUAUUUUUAGUCUGGUGGACCACAGAUAACUUCAGACCACCACUGCUUUAUGUAACGUAUCGUACGAAAUAUGUAACACGGUGCUUAAUAUCGAAAUUAACGUAACGUUAUUUACAAUAUACGUACAGUAAGCACGGUUAUCGUAGUAAUAAGUAGAUGGGUGGGUGGACAGCGCGUUUUUAAUUAAAUCGUUAUGCGGACCAAUUUUUUUUUUUACCCAUCAAAAUAAAUCAUCGUUCAUAAGCGUGUUCGAUUUAUAAAAACAUAAAAAAAAAAAUGACACGUGCUUGCAAAGCGUCUUGGUCGAUGUGGAAAAAAAAGGCAAUGUUAAGACUUCGCAUUAUGUAAGAGAUUUUAUAAUAAUAUUCGAAACGUAAUGGCGUACAGCAGCUGCUGGUGAUAUUUUGUUUUUUUUUUUUUUUUCAUUUACCACUAAUAAAUCCAUUUACCUAUUUACUCGUUUAGAUUUCUCGUGUACAUAAUUACGCGGUUAUGACAAUAUUAUAUUAACGUCCCGUACAAAAUGAUGUAAUCGUAAUAAUUGUCACAUUGUUAUAAUAUUAUUGUCUCGACGAAUAUUAUUAUAAACAAAAUAAACUUUGAUAAGUGGCUCUCCGAGCGUCAUGAUAAUAUAGAUACCUAUUCUGUGAUAGCACAAUAAAAAUAUCAAAGUUUCCUGUUUACAACAAUAAUACAAAACAUCCUUUGUCUAAUAUUAUUGCGUAUUUUUACGUAUCUAUUUUUUGACAAUAAUAUUAUUUAAAAUAUCCGGCUACAGCGUAUUUGACAAACCGUUUACUAUAAUUAUUAUUAUAUGCGCUCGCAUAAACGAUUUUUUUUUUCUCUACUCUUGUAAAUUGUAAAAAUAAUUACGAUUAUAUCCUCGUGUAGAGUUAACGCAGUUGAAUAAGUUACUGAAAUAAUAAUAAUAAUAAUUACAAUCGAUAUAGGUAAACAAUAACACUGUCGCCAAUAUUACCGACGUUUCCUGAUAAUGACACGUUGAAUAUUGAAUUUUAUAGGCAAUAAUAUUACACAUUAUAAGGUAUACUUACAAUGCGUUUUACGUCAUUGAGCUAAAGUCCUCUAGACGCUUGUUCUAAAACCAACCCGCGGUAUCCUUGGAGAUAAUAAAACAUUCUUUCAAACCAAUAUGUAGGCAUACGAUAAUUUACAUUUUAAAUGUAAAAAUCGUUCACUUAAAUAUACCACAUUUUGCGUAAAAUAAUCAAUAAUUAUUAUUAUUAUUACAAUAUUUUUUAAAUAUAAGUACCUACUUAUUAACAAUAUUAUUUAGGCAUUAAAUGUACGUUUAAUUUUCAUAAUAUUAUGUUGUAUUUUUGGAUGCACGUGUAUAACGUUCGGGUAGGUUAAGUCGUAAUACUCGUAAUUAUUAUUAGUGCCUAAUAUAUUAUACAAACAAUAAAAUACUUACCUAUAUGUACCGUGGUAUUGAUUUUAAUUGCCUUGUAUUCGGUAUUGUAAACAUUACGACGCGUAUUUAUGUUGUUGGAAUAAACUUAACCUGUAGAGUUUUUCUUUGCGUGCGUUUGAUUUUUAAAUAUUAAACCGUUUUUGCUUUAAUACAUAGUACAUGUAUAAUAUGUGUAUAGACGAAUAAGAUGUACGCCUUGAAAUCAAUCGAAUUUAUAUUCUAUUUUAGACACGCAAUUUCAUUCGUUACUAAAGAUACCUAAUAUGAUUGCAUUAUAAUCGCGUAAAUUAUUAACUUUUAAACUUUACGUUUUUUUCUAAGCGGGUACAGGAUGUUCCAUUUCAUUAUACAGAAGACACGUUCGUAAAUUCUUGAAUAUUUUUUCUAUAUAUAUAAAUACAAUUUUUUGGUUUUUAAUUUUUAUACUUUUUAUUUAUAUUUUAGUUAAUAUUUUUGUGAGAAUUAUGCACUGAAUUAGUAGUCGUUUAUUAUAAACAAGCAUUUAGAGUUUGAAUAUUAACUAUUGAUUUACUUGUAAAAUUAUACUAUAGGUAAUACUAGGUACUCUAUUCACACAUUCAACAAAAACAACUGCUCAAAAAUAAAAAUUGAAAAUAAAUUAAAAUAUGUUUGACGUUCAAGUAAAUACGGUACAUCCUGUAUGUCAUAUAUAUUUUUUUUAAACCUUGAUAAUAACCUCUUUUUAUAGUAAUCUUAAAAUUGUAUUAAAAGAUAAUAAAUUUAUUUUGAUCUCUAACUCUUUUUUUUUUUUUUUUUUUUUAUGCGUGUCUGCAUAUUUCAAUUUAUAAAUCAUAAAAUUAUCGGCGCCUAUAGUCGAUUAUUAGGUAAGUAUAAAAUAUAAAAAUAAAUCUUAAUUAAACUAUAAUAAUGGCCCUUCAUUACCUAUAUGUGCAGAAGAAAAUUAACUGCAGUUUUUACGUCUUUUGUGUAUAUUUACCUUAUCAUUGAUUGUCAUAAUAUUGUUACUAUCAUAAUCCUGUACCAAAAAUUACGUUAACUUACAGUUUUAAUGUUACAUAAAUAUUACGGCCUUUCAAAAAAUGUAUAACCGAACUCCGCUCAGAAUCGUUUUUCGUUAACAAUGUUUAAUCGUAGGAUACAUUAAAUUUUCUUUCUACCUUGCUAACUUCUCACCUACAACAGUGGCCCACCAAUCAUGCGAAGUUUGUCCGUUUGUUUUUGAAAAUUAAUGUACUGGUAUAUUAUUACGUUUUAUUUUAAUUCGAUUUCGCAGUUUUACAAUAUUAGUCUUGACAAUUGGGCAAAUAAAUACCGAUUGAUCUAUCUACUGCAGAGUUAUUUCGACAAUAUUAUCUAUAAUGGUGUGUAAAAUAUUCGUUUUCAGUAUUAGCCAUUAGCCAAACUACAUUAUUAACUGAAUAUUGUCAUCUUUGUAUUCGGUAAUUGUACGAAACUCAUAGAUCUCUGGACAUUAUACAAUUUACUAAAAUUGUACGAUUUCGUUAAUAUAUUUUGUGAUUACAAUUUUUUAAAACAAUUUACUUACCUAUUAACAAUAUUGUUUUGUAUCAUCUACACGAUGAGUAUCUUAAUUCUCUGAUCGGUUAGGUAACAAUUAACUACCUUAUGAAUAUCAACCUUUUUUUUUUCACACUGUUAAAAAUAACCAGUUUAAAAUAAUAAAUAUUAGAUAUAGUAUAGAAGUCGCAUUAGGAGGUAUUCGUGAAAGUUAUAAUAUUCCUAUUCAAUGCUUGUUACUAACACCUACUCGUGUCGUCUGGCUUAACUAUCCUAUGUAUACCUAUAAUGUUAACACUGGAUAUUCAGUAUUAAUAAAAUGCAAUUUCUUCGGCGUAUAGAUUAUCUUUAAUAGGCAUAUUAUAUUAUCAUAAUAAAAAGAAAAACACGGCUAUAUAUAGGUAGGUAGGAGAAUAAGAGAAAGUUUGUCGAGAAAGGUCGGUGGCCUCUGGUCGUAUGGCCAGUAAUAAUGAGGAAUCGCGUGUUAAUUAGUUCGUCCUGCAAACUGCAGAGUUAACUAGGUAUACAAUACCAAAUAUCAUUAGAUAGAUAAUAUUUUUUUGUUUUUUGAUAUUUCCUCGAAAAUUCUACUCUAAUUUAAUUAAUGGCUGUAGUAAGUAGGCAUUAUUUUUUUUUUUUUUAUCAAUUGUUUGCAGUAUCUACUCGUAAAGUCGGAGCACACAAAAAUAUAUUAUAUCGAUCGUCCUGCUUAAUAUACAUAUUUUACAAACCGCAACAAUAUAGUAUCAUUAGUUUUCUAAAAAUAAAAUAUACCUAUAAUGUAACAUUGAAAACAUAUUGUAAUAAUAAGAAAAAUAAAAAAUAAAUCGCAAUUGUUGCCCGUGACGUCAAAUAUACCGAAUGUUUAUUUAUAUAUUAUGUGUUAUUGUGCUGCAGUGUGUUCUGUAACGUUUCACAGAAACGUGUUUAGAGAAGAAAAAAAAAUGCAUUGCGAUGGAAUAUACUGAAUAGAAACGUUAGAGUUCGAGUUAUGUACGAAAUACGCUCGUUUGAAGUCACAAAUCUGAUUCGAAUAUAAUAAUCAUCAAAGAUAGUCGCUCUUCGUAUAAACCCACGUAAACAUCUAACUCGUGAUGAUUAUUAUAAUUGUAUUGUCAUUAUUAUUAUUAUAAUGAUGUACGACUCGUUUCGGAAAGUUUUUUUAACACGUAUCAUUGCAAUAAUCCUUCGCACGUCCUAUUUUCCCGGAACAAAAAGUUCGAACCGCGGCAACGUUUUCCGAUAAAACGACUGGUAUCUCCAUGGAUAAGUAAAGGAUACGGAUAGGCUAUCCGUACCUUAUCACUGUUCCAAAUGGGACAGGUACGGUUGUUCCGAAAUCGGUUCAUAAAGCCAGGCGUUUAAUCGGACGGCGAUGACUACAGUUUGGUCGCCCGUCUAUUAUGUGUGUUAGAACGUACUCUGUGCGCGAAAAAUCGUUAUCAGUAUAAUAUUGUUAUUGGUGCUCGAUUGUGUUAUUCUUUAUUGACUAGAUAAUAACACGAGCACAUAAAAAUUACGUACUUGCGAGUUCCGUGUAUAUAAAAAAAUAAAUCUACUUAACCAGUUAACGAAUCAAAACUCCUUUAUCCGAAUACACUAGGUGAUAAGGGUUUCUCUUAUUACACGAUAAAUGGUAAUAAUAUUAGGGGUUUUCCCAUCGGUUAUUCGGCUUUUUUUUUGGUUACCUAUUCGAUUUACAUAAUUUGUAUAAAAAUUAUCACGUUCGAUAACUGUAUUCGAACACGACCGGACAUCGUACGAUUUUUUUUUUCAUAACAAGUAUUAUUAUUAUUAUUAUUAUAAGCCGCGGCUAUUUUAUUGCAAUAGUAAUAUUGUUUUAUAUUUUAAUAUAACACAUUUCGUAUUUUCGUAACGCAACGCAGCUGCAAUUUUAUCGUUAUAAUAAUAAUAAUAUAUUAUUGUAAAUUUGUUUAUCAUUAUUUUCACGUGAACGUGCUGUUCUCGUGAUCCGAUUUUAUUCAUUACGCGUAGGUAAACAUCCAUUAAUGCGUUUUAUUUUGUAUUUGAUGUCGUGUUUUAAACGUUUGGGUUUCGUAUGAGCGCGACGUGCGCUCGUUUACGCUCGUCCGUGUCGUCUGUAUUCCGCCAAAAAUCUCCGAUCCGAUAAUCGGCUUUUCGGCUUUUUGAUUAAUGGCGGUUUCUGCGGCGUUUGUCCGUCUAAUCGGUGCAUUGGAUGGAGGGUUAUUUUUUCGUUCCCUCGGAGUUUUUUUAGUUUAUAGUUCGGAAAAAUGUACGCAGUAAUGCGGUUAACUUAAUUUUCGGUUUUCGUUUUUUCGUUAUAAAUCGGUUAGCAAUAAUCGUAAAGACUUGCUAUUUUCACUCGAAUACACAUAUUAAUAUAUAUGCCAUUUUUAAAUCGUUUGAAAUUUACUAGUUUUUUUUAGUUUUUAUUUGAUUUUAUGAAAUUAUUCUCGAGCAAAUAUCCCCCAGAAAAAUUAACGCGAGGUAUGUCAUAAUAUGUUAUAAUACUUAGAUAGUGGUAAAAAAAAAAAAAAAAAAUUGAGUGUAAUGUAUUUAUCCGUUUUUUUUUUACAUAUAUAUAUAUAUAUAUAUAUAUAUUUAAACGAUUUAAGUUUAAAUUUUUAUGAAAAUCGUAAAAUCGCGACAUUUCAAAACAUGUUUCACCGAACAUUGCUUUCCGCGAUUCAAAAUCGUUUUCCGUUAACAAUUAAGGAAUGAUUUAUCGCUGCACGCGUGUCUAAAUCGAAUUACUGUAUAAAGCCUACCGUCCAAACUCCCUACGCUUGCAACAGUGGUGAAACCGAAAGCCCGUCCAUUAUGCGUAAUCACCUACUGAUUAUGCGUCCGUUCUGUCGUGUGAUUAACGUGAUUUACGUGACCGAAACGUCGCAAAGGAAUUUUCGCACACGGGAUCGUAGUGAUGGUGUAUGCGAAAAACGCGCGCGAAUGCAGUAAAAGACACGCAAAACGCUACAGAAUAGUAUACAACCGAAACAAACAAUAAUCGCCUUAUCGCAACUGCUCCGCUGCAGCUCUGUUUGUUUUGAGCAUAGAUAGUAGUUACCUAUACGUUUAAAACACCUUUAUGCCCGGAAAUGUACCAGACAACAACCAUGAAUAAAUGUUAUGUUAUGACAACGGAAAUCUACCAGGUAAAUUAUUUGUGUUCGAUAUAAAUCCGACUUGAAACCGACGCGUCAGAUGUAUAUAUUUUCGUAAUCGGUUCAAGCCGAUGGGGGGAGGGGGGUUGGACAUAACACUCUAGCCUCCGCGAUCCCUGCACACGCUUCUGAAUGAAAGCGGGCCUAUACUUCGAAAUGUAUUUUCAGCAAUGUGUACCUAACGUCGCUAUCGUUGUUUUAUAUAAAUUAUAAAGUUUCGUUAAAAAAACCAGUUAUACCACUGCUAUCGAUUGUAUCGCGAACGUCGAAAAAUUGUAAACAGAUUUUUCUCAUAGGCUCUAUUAUUGUUGUGAUGGCGGUUUACGGAAGGUUACCGGGGAGGGGGGAGGAGACAUUCGUAACAAUAGUGUAAUAUUUCAACGGUCGUUUUCGAAUUAAUAAUUUUUUUCCGUUGCGCAAUCGGUGUUUAAUUUUCGAUAAAUUCAUAUUUCGUAACGUUAUGCAAUAUUAUGGCAUAUGGCGAACCUGUGAUCAUCAUUAUAUUAUAUUUGGACUAAAAUGUGUAUUCUGUAAAAAAAAAAUAUAUAUAUAUAUAUAUAUAUUCUAAACAAACGAGGGACGGUAUUCGGGGAAUAGAACUCUCGCGCGCUAGUAUCAGCAGCCUGUUCGAAUAUUAUGAAAUAAACGUGAUACGAAAUUAUUGCCUAUCCGAAACCCCCUCAAAAAUACGCGUCUCGCCGCGCAGAAGAAUUUUUUUUCGCGAAAAUAAUCAUUAUUAUUAUAUUUGAAUAAUAUUUUAAAUUAUCAUUAUUAUUAUAAUAUAUUAGAACGUCUAGGUAUCUUCCUGGAACGUAUAUAGGCCAUAUUGGAGCGAGGUGGGGCGGUUAUUACGUCCCCUUAUAAAUUUGAAAAAGCUACUGUUAACGCAUUCUCAUAAAUAUACCUACUAUUAUUGUAGUUCAAUAGUUCAAAAUAUUUUUUUUUUUUUUUUUAAAACUUUCUACUCCCUAUGAUUUUUUUUUUUUUUUUUUUACCGCGCGCGCAACCAACGGCGACGAGUCGUAAAAUCGUCCCUUGGUAAAAUAAUAUUGUAAUGUUACAUUCCGAAUCUCGGAUACGCCCGAGUCGUAAACGUUUUACAAUAGUAUUAUUGUAUUAGGUAUAGAGGUACGUCUUCCUGCGAACAGUGAUAAUAAAUAAUUUUUAUCACGUUCCGUGACGAAACACAAGAUAUGAUAUUAUUUCCGAUGACCGGUGGUUAUAAUAGUAAUGUUUAAACACCCGUAUAAUAUAUAUAUAUAUAUAUAUAUACAUAUACAUAUAUGUAUACGUAGAUACUUACGCAUAUAAAUAUUGACUUGAAAGAGAGAGAGAAAAAAAAACCAAUAGAUAAAUCCCAUUGUUAUUCGCCCGGCGUUUCCAUCGAGCAUUCCGUGGGGUCCCGCGAGAGUUUUGUGAUGCGUGUGUGCGCAAUAAUCGAAUUUAUUGCAAAAUAUUUACUGCUCGACGACCACCCAUUGUAGAGUUUUUAAUAUAUUUUUUUUUUUUUCUAUUAUAUAGUUAUAUCGCAUAUCGAUUAUUAUAAUACUAUGGCACGGUGCAUCAUAUCGUGCCAACCACGAACUGUCAAUUUCGCGUCUCGGUAUUAGAUACUGAACGUGUAUCGUAGCGGAACGGGUACAUCGGUUUUAUUAUCUAUAGGACGUGUGCGUGUUUUUUCUUUCCGUCUGUGAACACCUUUUCGAAAAUGAACUAUCAUUCCGAUCGAAAAACGACAGGAGAGCGUUUGGCGUACAGCGUUACGGCCUGCAUGUGUGUGUCAACGCGGAGGUCGAUUUUACUUGUAGUUUUCUUAGUUUUUUGUAGAGGAGGAUCGUUGGAAAAACGGCAAAAUGUUUAAGUACGUAGUAAUGGUUUUUGUUUUUGUCAUACUUUUAGCACAUGAAUAUUGUUACUGUUGGUAACGUUCUCUCAAGCUCUCUGCACUAUAAUGUUUUAUGCGGUAUUUAUAAUAUAAUAUACCAAGUGUCUUCUAUCAUUACUCGCAGCUUCAAGAACGACGUCCCUAGACUCUUCUCUGGUUCCCUUCCUAUCGGUUCUUUUCCCGAUUAUAUUUGUCGUCGCCCCAAAUUAUUUCUUAUUGCGUGUCCAAUCCCACAUUUCUUGCUUCGCCCGCUUUUCCUAAGCGUGUUCGGGGUCGAUUAUUCUGAAACGUGUACGAUAAGAAACUCCCCGUCCCUUAAUCGUUUUUUUCUUACGAGAUUCUCAGCGCUCUUAACCGGCAGCGCGUUUAUAAAAACGCCUGCGUCAAUCUUGAAAAAAAAAAAAAAAUACUAAUAUUCGUACAAAAAAGUAGAAGAAAACAACAAAAAUUUAAUAAAAUGUCAAGUCGAUCGUCUGGUUAUAAUAGUACUCGACGAUGGAGUUUACCUUGACCGUUUCGCUUUACAAUAUUAAUACUAUACACAUAUUAGAAUUCCAAGGGCUCCGCCAAUAAUGUUUAAAAUACCUAUACAUUCAUUAGUAUGGAAGUGACAAUAUUACCAUUAUUAUUAUUAUUAUUGCUUUGUGCUCGUGCGUGUGUUUUUAGACGACAAAAAGCGGAAACCCACCGCAGUCUGCGGCAGUCGUGUAUGCCUGCUAUACGUGCAUACAAUAUUACCUAUACUACCUAUAUAAUAUUUAAAUACACCUAUAGUUUGCGACGUAGUUGUCGGCAGUGUUGAUUAAUAUAUUAUACUCAUUGGAUUUAAUUUAUUUUUUCACAGCAAUCCGAUAGCGAAUGGAAGAGCUCACAAUGCGAUUCCGUGAUGACCGCGGCGAAGAAAAGCCACAAAAAAGAAAACUCGUUGUUGAAGUUCUUCGCAUUGGUACGUGUACACAAUAAUAUCAUUACUGUUUAGGUACUCGCGUCAUAUGUUAUCCGCACGAAAAACCUACUUACCGCCUCUCAUUCGGCACGAAAACCUAAACACUUGUCCGUCCACAAAUCGAUACUGCCCGGGGAACAGUUAUACAUACAUAGUGACCUGAAUGUAUUGACUAUAGAUGAUUGUCAAUCUUUUUAAAUGGCCGAUGAAUUUUAAACAUGUUUGAUUUUUGUAGUCAAUCACGAUUGGCCAUGUGUAUAGCAAUGAUUGGUACUCGUUAUCAGUCAAAAUAAAUUUGUCUAACCUUAAUCGGCUACGAAACCACUUCUUAUUUGCUAAUAUUCCUUACACGAUUAUGGAUAGAAACCGUCUGUCUAUAAUCGUGGUUCCUUAAUUCACCUGUAAUGGCACCCCAUAUCUAAUAUGGCUUUAUUUAUUACUCGCCUUAUUCACGAGUUGGUUGAUAUGAUAUGGUGGACUAGAUGUGGUUGUUAUCAGUCAUGUCACCCCACUGAUACCAUCGCAGAUUAAUUAAGGAACAUAAGGACUCUUUUGGCCAUAUUCGAUUUCCCCAUUGAAUUUUCUGUUGCCAAAACUGCAAUUAUUGCAACGCAAGCUUCUUCCAUUCAUAAUAAUUUCGAAUUGAUAAUAAUUUUAAUGUAUAGGCGUAUUAGUGGUAUUCGUUGUAAAUAGCCAACAAUAAACAUAAACACAAAAACAUUUGUAAAUACCUACCUAUAUCUUUGACGGUUAGGCUAAUAAUCUUGAAUAAUCGUGUAUGGGGGCCCCUUUACAGAAAUUAAUGUGAUUAUACACGACGCGAUCUCUUAGAGCACCUACUCGCCCAUAACAGUAUCGAAAUUUAACUAAAUUUUAUUUUCGUUCUUUCGCUUCAGAACGCUCUGGAAUUGAGCGCGCCCGCCAGCGAUAUCCUAUUACGGAGCAGCAGCAACAACAACAACAACAACAAUAACGGAUCCGAACGCACCGGAACGUCGGUGGUAACGAAUUCUGAAGCACAUCACCGAGUAAUACCGUCUCAAGAAACAAUUUCCGUUCAAUCGGCGACGACUUGUAGGUCCGGUGCCCAACAACAAUCUUGGUUUCAACUGUCCGGCCAUCCUGACUGUUUCGCUCCAGCCGGUCUGGGCACCAUAUGGAAAAAGUGCAGCGGCGGCACAGAGCGCGACGUGUACGAAGCGCUUUCCAACGAACCCAGUCUCCAGGACAUUGUGCCCAAGUAUUACCGGGAAGUCGAGUACAACGGACAGACGUUCAUCGAACUCCAGGAUUUGUUGUACGGCUUCAGGGAUCCCAACGUCAUGGACAUCAAAAUGGGCACCCGCACGUUUUUAGAGUCCGAAGUGAAAAACACUUCCGCGCGGCAGGAUCUGUAUCUCAAGGUAAUAACUAUAUUACAAACACAAAAUCGUUCACCAAUAAUGGUACUAAUUUUGGCGUUUUUUUUUUUCCUGAACUUAGAUGAUAGCCGUGGACCCGGAAGCGCCUACCCCCGAAGAGCGCGAGUUGCAAGCGGUCACGAAAUUGCGAUACAUGCAAUUCAGGGAAGAGCAGAGUUCGACGUGCAGUCAUGGGUUUAGAAUUGAAGCCAUGAAGGUAAUAAUAUAUAAUAAUAUAUUAUGUACUUUUGCGACGAAUACGAUAAUAGAUAAAAAUUAAUUGAAUAUUUAAUGUUAUAGUUUCGUGGUUCUCCACCCGUCACCGACUUGAAGACUGUAAAGAGCGAUGAAGAAGUCAACAACACGCUGGCUUUGUUCCUGGGUGACCGCCACGACAUCAAACAGAGGUUGGUCGCCAGACUGAACGAGAUCCGGUCAAAGUUGGACCGAUCUCAUUAUUUUAAAACUCACGAGGUAAGUGAUGAACAUACCCAAUAAUAUAUCGGAGAUCGACCGUAUGUGUAAUACGAAAAUGUAUCCGUGAUCAGAUCGUGGGUAGCAGUAUUUUGGUUAUCUACGACGACACAAAGGUCGGCGCCUGGCUGAUUGAUUUCGCCAAGACACGGCAUGUGUCCGAAAACACGGUACUCACCCAUAGACAACCUUGGGUGCCUGGCAACCACGAAGAGGGUUUCCUAUUUGGGCUCGACCAUCUCAUAGAGGUAAAUAUUUUAAUCAAAAACACGUUAAACGAUUUAACAUACUUACGUAAUAAUUUUUUUUUCAUUUCAGUCAACCGAAAAUUUACAUACACCCAUCUCGAAAGACCCUUUGGCGCCAUCAAGCUCUAUUAAAGUGGAAACUUGAAGAGUUUUGCCAAUUUUUCGAGGAAUACUAUUUAUCUAGUCAAUAAUAAUAUCGCCGCCAACCUAUUCUGAAGAGAACGCGGUUCGCCCCCCCCUUUUGUUUAUUUCACAUGUUUACAUUUUUUAAACGAAAACUAUUUUUUUUUCUUGUUUUUAAAUUUAUUUUCAAGUGGUGUAUAUAAUAUAUUAUAUUUUUAUUUUUUUUUUUUUUUUGUUAUAUUAAUGCAGUCAGUGUUGACUAACGACUGAUUUUGCUCCCAAGCAUAUUGUCAUCGGUAAACUCAUAAUACAAUUGUAAGGAAAUAAAAAUUAAAUUAUUAUGAUGGGUUUACACCCAAAACUUUAACUGGGUUUACAUACCUAAAUUCUCGAUUCACUAUUAAUAAUCGUCCAGUAUUAACAUUGUAUAAAUAUUACGCAUUUUUACUUUUAUCCUUUUUUUUUGUAUUUGUAUAUUAUUAUGUAUAUUUUUUUUUUGUUUUAUUAUUAUUAUUACUAUGCUACUAAUUUGAGAAAAAAAUAUUGUUACAAUCAUUAUUAUUGCCUUAAGUAAUAAUUGUUAACAGUUAGAAAACCCUUUUUUGUAUACAUAUUUAUUAAAUUUUAUCAGAAUUCAAUUUGACUAUACAAAUGUGUUAAAUUAAUUUUGUUAUAUAUGAAUCUAAAAAAUGAUCAAGGAAAUCAAUGAUCCCUUGCUGCAAAUCCUUUGCUUAUACUUUUAAUACAUUUUUUUUUUUUCAAAUAGAAAAAGUGUAUUAUUAAUGUAUUCUGCACAGAGUUUAGAAUAUAAUAUACUAUACAACCAUAUUUUUUACUACGAACAACUGUAUACACAUUUAUGAUGAAGACAAAUCUUGGUAUACUCUUCUUAGAUAAUCUGCAGAAUACUGUAUAUUUUAAAAUAAUAAAACAAUAAAAAAUGUA